GUCAUUGGGAGUCCUUCGUGCGCAUUAGUCACACUCUCGGUAAGACUACAGUCGCAGUUUCUCUUUAAGGCAUACCAAGGAUUCUAGGCGCCCCAUCCUCUCGACCUGUCGGGCAGGUGUAGUCGGCUGGCUGGGCUGAGGCGCACAGAGGCUGAAGGGGGCUCUAAACAGGGCCCUGUAUAUGGUCACCUAUGGAUGGGUGUCUGCGGAAAGGUUGCCCGUGUCUAGAAUUGCUAUGGCAGAGGAUUUUCAAAGAAAAAAAGCCUGCUCCCAGUAGAGGGGACAGCAACCGUGGUAGUGGUGGAAAAAGCAACAGCAGCUUUGAGGAGGAGAGCUGUGAGGAGACCCAGGAACCGAGCCAGCCGCCGCCACAGCCGCCGUCGCCGUCUUCGAAGAAUGCUCCGUCUAACGGCUGCAUCUACACGGCGCUGUGGCCGUUUGACGCCCGACACCAAGAUGAGCUGUCCUUCAAGGAGGGGGAUCUGUUCAGUGUGGUCAGCCGCAGUGGAGACUGGUGGAGGGCGCGGAAGAUCGACAAGAACGGGCGCGUCCUGGACACCGGGAUUGUCCCAAACAACUACCUGGCGAGGGCUGAAUCUUUGAAAAUGCAGCGAUGGUAUUAUGGGACAAUGAAUCGCUUCGAGGCCCAAAGACACUUGUUGGGACCAGGGAACGAAGACAGAGCAUUCCUCAUUCGACACAGCGAGAAAGACGACGUCGGAUACGUUCUCUCAGUGAGGUCUGACAAUCAGGUGAAGCAUUUUAAGAUCCACCAAGUAAAUGACUGUAAUUUCCAUGUGGAGCACAAGCACCAGUUCAACUCUCUGAUCGACCUGGUGGAGCACUACUGCGUCAACAGCCUCAACAACAUGGACCCACUGGGGACUCCCUGCAAGAGGAAAAAGCCCAACACCCUGGAUUUGAAUCACUUGGGUGAGUGGGAGCUCCCGAAAGAGGAGUUCACCCUGGAGGAAGAGCUGGGCAGCGGCUACUUUGCUGAUGUCUACCGGGGACGCUGGAAAAACCAUAUUAAUGUCGCCAUCAAGAUCCUCAAAAGUGACUCGGAAGUGAACCACCGUGAGUUUAAUAGGGAAGUUCAGAUUCUGAAGACUCUGCGCCACCGCCACCUCAUCUCUCUGUUUGCGGUGUGCACGGCCUCAGCGCCGUACUACAUCAUCACUGAACUGAUGGAGAAAGGCAGCCUGCUCAACUUCCUCAGAGGUCCAGAGGGGCAGCAGCAAGACGUUGCAUCACUCGUUGACAUGAGUGCCCAGGUGGCGGAUGGGAUGUCAUACCUGGAGCAGAAGAACAGCAUCCACAGAGACUUGGCGGCUCGAAACGUCCUGGUUGGAGAAGACUACAUCUGUAAAGUGGCCGACUUUGGACUGGCCCGAGUCAUCAAGGAGCCGUUCUACAUCACAGAGGACAAAAAGAUUCCCUUCAAGUGGAGCGCUCCUGAGGCCAUGCAGUACGGAAGGUUCUCCAACAAGUCGGACGUCUGGUCUUUUGGCGUUUUGCUCUAUGAGAUUAUCACGUAUGGAGGCAUUCCUUAUCCAGCUUUUAAUAACCAAGAAGUGUACCAGCAAGUUAUAGAUGGAUACAGGAUGUCAGCGCCGCCAAAAUGUCCCGAUUUCCUCUAUAAUAUCAUGAUGAAAUGUUGGGAUGCCGAACCAGAUGAAAGGCCAGACUUCAAGUCCCUCAAAGAGGAACUAAACGCCUUCUCCUAUAAGCUUGAGUGAAUGCGGCUUCCUGCAGUACUCACUCAAAACCACAGAGGGGCGGCAGAGAGACUGUAGCUUUUCCUUGAGGACUCCUUCGAAAAAGGAAAAGAAAAACUUUUUUUAUAACUUUUCACAUGUAAACCUGAAAACCCUGAUGCAUUUUAAUCAGUCCACUAGGUCUACAACUGUUGUUUGUUAACUAUUUGAGUCAUUUUGUAAGCAAAGAUGUUGUCAGUUGCAGUUUAUCCACUAAGACAUUAUGCAGGUUUAUUUAAUCUUCUCUUACUGUCUUUAGUUUUAAAGCCCAUUUUUUAAAAGUGUAAGCAGUGUUACAUUUCACACUUCACAAUUCUUCAUUUUCUUUUAUAAUUGUGUUAGAUUUCAAAAUCAAUAAAGAGUUGGUUUAUUUUUAAAGACUUUCUCGGUGGUUUACACAGCCAACAAGAAACCGUAAAGACAUGUGCAAUAAAGUGACUAUUAGUAUAAUCGGAGAGCUCAAGAUAGAUUUUGAUAUGAUAUGAUCCUUUUAUUGUCACUAGUACAAGUACCAGCGAAAUUAGCCAUCAACCCGUCCAUACAUAUACAAAACAUACAUACACUUUGACAAAGUGGGGGUAGACAGGACAAGAAGACAGAGAUGGUAAAUAGAAAUACAGAGUCACGUGAGGAGAGG